CUCAUGGUGAUGAUACAUGGGGAAUGAACACAGAGGACGUGUACAUCAGGAAGGAGACCACAGAGCUCUGGAGAUAAGGUGAGUUAACAUUAAAGCCAAUUGGCAUCUUCAUGAAAUGAAAAAGAUGAAAGGGGAAAGAUAAUUCAUAAUGAUUAACGACAAUGUUUUAUGUUCGGAAAGUGUAUUAGAUGAGGCGCCUACAAAAUGUUGGCCAAAUGAAAACAAGUUAUUCUAAGAAUGUGAGAAGGAGAGAUUAUUUGAAGUGGCUGAAUUGUAACAGUUAGUUAGAAAUAGCUCAAAUGUGGAUACACACCUCAACAUAUAAUGUCUUGGCCAUUUUUAUGGUCAGGAAAAUGAGUAUUGUAUGAACAUGGAGCACACAGAAGCUAAACAGAGGUCUGAGCUUAUUUGAACAGUUUUUUAAUGUGCUAUUGUUUCAGUUAUGUAAUGGACUAACUUACAAGUCAUGGCAGUACUGUGUUUGUCUUGUCAGAAUGAAUCCAGGUUUACUUAAUGUUAGCAGACUUGCAGGGUUCCUGAGCAUCAGUGAAAAAUUAUGCCGGUGUCUGUUUCUCAUUAUUCAUGUCCAGUAUUUCACUUUUCCGCUGUUAAAAGUAAUAGGUAUGACCAGAGAGAGCAGGAAACACUCCUUAUGUGGGUUCCAGAGGCUGGUGGGAGGAGCUAUAGGAGGACGGGCUCAUUGUAAUCGCCGGAAUGUAAUUAAUGGAACGGUAUCAAACACAUCAAACAUAUGGAAACCACACGUUUGACUCUGAUCCAUUAACUCCAUUCCAGUCAUUACAAUGAGCCCCUCUUCCUAUAGCUCCUCCCACCAAUCUCCACUGGUGAAUUCUCAUGUGUUGUCUCUUUUUUCUAAGGAUGUUGCAGUUCAAUGAUUGUUCCAAUGUGAAAAAACAUUGAGAAAAUACGUAGAUAAAAUAUUUUCGUCCAGUUUCCCAAUGUUCCUGAACACAACCGAGGGUCUCUUCCCCACUGAGGGCCCAGACUCAAAGCUGGACUGGACCGAGUUGGACCCCUAUAACUGCACCAACUACACAGCAGCCUGGGACUGGCUUUCCUCCUACCAGCCGGUCUUCAUGGUUCUCCUCAGCGUGGUGGGCGUAGUGGCCAACGGUCUGGUCCUCUGUGUCUUCUGUUUGCAGAGGAAGCCAUGCACCGUGGCUGAUGUCUACCUGGGCAACUUGGCGGCUGCAGACCUGGUCAUGGUGUCCUGUUUACCCUUCUGGGCCGCCACCAUCGCUAACAACUACCACUGGGAGUUCGGCGAGCCCAUAUGCAAGCUGGUCAAUGUGGCCAUCUCCAUGAACUAUUACUGUAGUGUUUUCUUCCUGGUGCUGGUUAGCGUCGAUCGCUACCUGGCUCUGGUCCGGCCCAUGUUCCAAAGCCGACUGCGGAGAGCCGCCUGGGCCAAACGCAUCUGCCUGGGGAUAUGGAUCGUGGGGUUCCUGCUGAGUCUGCCCAUCCUGGUCUUCCGCAGGGUGAAAUACGUGGCCAAGGCUGGGGUGAUGGCCUGCAUCCUGGCCUACCCCCAUCCAGACUGGGAGAUCCAGCGCAACAUUACCAAUAACGUGGUUGGGUUCUUAUUUCCGGUGAUAGUGGUGUCGUACUGCAGCCGCCACAUCUUGACCAGUCUGAAAGACGGUCAGAUCAGAAAAACUCCCGGGGUGAGGUCAGAGAGGAAGGCCACACAACUGGUCCUGACUGUUCUCAUGGUCUUCCUCAUCUGCUGGACGCCCUACCAGGUAGUGCGCUUCCUGGACACACUGGAUUACUUCCAAGUCACGCCAGGAUGCCUCUGGGGUCACAUUCUGGACAUUACCAUACAGCUGUCCACCUACCUGGCGUACGCCCACAGCACCAUCAACCCCUUCCUGUACGUCAUUGUGGGGAGACAAUUCAGGAAGAGGGCAAAAGAAGUGUUCGGGACAAUGUUAAAGUGAAGGUUGUCGGAUAAAUAUUUCCUGACGGUAAAUUUCACCGCCAGUGGAAGACUGGCCACUCACACAACUUGUGAAGCAACCUGUGACGUGACAAGAGUCUGUCUGGAUAUCCGUCUGUCCUCUGAAAGAACUGAUCCAGACUGAAACAUUUCAUCUUCAGCUGGUUUUGCUUAUUGUAAAUAUGUUCUGUCUUGAAACUGAAUGGAUCUCUGCCAGUUAUUGCUGAGAAAUCAAAUGAGGUGAAAAAGUGACCAGGGAUAUACAGCUGACUUCUGUCUUCGUUUAACUUGUAAUUACCGGCAGACAUCUGUUCCCAAUCAUCAGGAGGUUUAUUUCUGCAAAUAGGCAGUUUGGCUGUCUACAACAUUCCUUAGUUUUAUCUAACUCCUGUUGUAAUUAAUUUGUUGAUUUAUGUAGAGUUAUUAUGAAUAGCUACAGACUCCAUUCGGGUUCACGAUCCUAAAGAUUAUUUAUGUGGUAAUGAAGGCGCUAAAUAAUGACAGUCUGGUGUAGAAGAUUAAUCUAAAUGUGAUCUAGGAAGUAUUUGAUUGUCAUAGAGCCCCUUUUAACUUUUAUAGAGCGUGCUAUUAUGUUAAAUUAUUAUCCUAGAGAAGGACUAUGAAUGGGACAUGCUGACUAAUUGAAAUGUAAAAGGUAAUAUUGUCUUUUGAAAAGCUCAUGUUCAUUUUUCUUCUUGGACACUAAAUUAAAAGAGGUUAUGGUUUAACCUUCCAUAUUUCUUAACAAUUCUGCUGAAAUAUGUAUGUAUUGCAUAAAAAUGACUUUUGUAUGUAUCAAAAAUGUGUACACUAUAAUGUGUUGAUAUAAAUUAACCAAUGGCGUGUUUGAGUAAAGAGA